CUAAUCUAAAAUCUUUCCAUGAGCUAUCGCCAAUCAAUGAUUGAAUGCGAAAUUACAUUGUUGAUUACAUUUAUCAUGGAAAUAUCUUUGCAGGAAUUGCUGCAGCUAAUAACCAAUUUACCUUGUCCAAAUGCAAUUUUAAUUGCAGUGAAUUCCAAGAGAAGUCAAGUGAUUUGCAUAAAAAUUGCUUGGAUCACCAGCACAAAUCUCCAGAUUACCAAAAGAGCAAAAAUGCUGAAGGUUCAGAUGUGAAACAGUUAUCGUUAUUCCUGAAGACACCCAACAAAAAUAAGAGUGAACACGAAUCAGAAGAUCUGAGCUCAUGAGGCCAGACACUGGAAAAUAAAGGUGUCUUAAACACCUCUAAAGAUACUUGCCAUGAGCAUGAUCCAGACACGUUGUUUUCUGACCCAAGUACUGAUUCUGCCUUGGCUUCAAUUUCUAAAGGCCUAUUAGAACCCACAUCAAAAACCUCAAUUUCCUCGCUAUUCAGCCAGCCAUCUUCAAGCUCUGAGAGGAAAGAUGUAUGCUAUAAGGCUGCUUUGAGAUUAUUCAGAAGGUUUUUCAAGAAGACCUUCAAGGCUUGCAAUCAAGAUAUGUAUAAAAGAAGAUUCAGUAAUUACACCAUUGAUGAUAUUUAUCAACAAGUUUGUUUGAUGUUAAUGAAACUUGUUCCAGCCGAGUACAUCACCCAAGACCUCGUAUAUUUUACUAUUGGGAUUAUUGGAGCGAAGAAGGCUUCCCAACUGCCAUGCCGCGAUUCAAUUAAGAGUCAAAUCACUACAAUACAAGCAUGAUGUAAAAAUUUCUCGAGAAAAAAAUUCAAUAGAAUCAUGGCCUCUAAGAGUUUAAGAGUCUUGACAAUGAGCUUCACUGAUAAGAUAGAUGAUCCAAGAGUGAGUAUCCUCAGAGAGGAAUUAGAAUAAAUACAAUUAUUCAGAUCAAGCCACUAAACUGAAGGUUUUUACUCAUAUUUUUGCCUUCUUCAAAUUUGAAGCAAAAAUUAUCGUUUUAGUUGGCUAAAUAAGAUAAAGCGUACGCAGAACGGUUUCAUAAUAAUUGAUCCUAAA